CCGACUAUAAAAAUUUUAAAGAUGGGUCAAAAUUCACGGCGCUUCGCAGCGGUACUCUUCGUGGUGUUAUCAUUCUUUGGUCUCCGCUUCAUUGACUCUCAAUUAAAAUCAGGGGAUUCCUAUUGUGAGAAACCAUCUUUUCGACAAGAGUGGAAGGAGCUCCAAGACGACUUCUAUCAUCUGGCGGAGAGUUGCUCCAUAGAAAAUGUUUUGGAGGAUGAUUCUCAAAGAUAUCUGAAGAUUAGUUGCCUGGUGGACGAUCUACCCGAGGGCUACGAGAGGCGCCUGAAACCCGUGGAAUACGGCCGGCAGUUCUUUCUGAACCAGCCCAUCCCCAAGGCCCCAAAGCACAAGUGGAAUUUCCGAGUGCCAAUCAACUCCGUGAAGGGAAAUGGACUCAGCCCGCUGACUUGAUUGAUUCCCUACUCCGGCUGGUAGAGUGAAUACACCGAUAAGGAAAAUGUCAUUUUCGUUUUACUUUUCUAAGGCUAAGUAAAAGAGUUGACUGGCAACUGACCACCAA